AAGAGGGGCUGCAGGGGGACGAGUACCUAAACAAACGAGAGGGCUGAGGGCAGGAGACGGAAUUCACAGGAAAUAUGAACACCGAUUCAUUUCAUUGUUAAUCGUAGUUAUAAUAUUGCACCUGUGUGGUCGCGGCUCCGGGCAAAGGGACGUUUUUUUUUUUUUUCUGCAGAGCGUUUGAAUAUCUUUCAGACAGACUGACAGCCUGUACCGCUUUGCAUCUGGACUGGUUCCACCAUAUUGCGCAUUGUCAGUGUAAUACCCCGGUGACUAGGGGGAGUUAGUAACAUAAGGGUUUACUGUGUGCGCUGCUGUGGUCGCUCUGUUUUCUUUUUACUGUACAGAAAUUGGUAUCCUUAUUGCAUCGCCUAUGCGUUAACAUGACCUGCUGUGCAUUGAUAACGGCGAUAUAGUAAUUGACUGAGUCAAAUAAAUAAUAAUAAUAAUAAUAAUAAUAAUAAUAAUAAUAAUAAUAAUAGGGCUAUAAGAUUGUGUUCAUUUCCCAUUUAACCCAUUGCUAUCGGAGUGGAAUAUGAUUUUGAAUUACACGUCACAGGAUGAGGGGGUCUCGAAAUGAAAACGACGUUUUGUCUUAAAAUAUAAUCCCGGCGGGUUUGAAGAUGUCGAAAGGAGGGCGGAGGUUCAGAGCUGCGGCCCCGGUCAGUCCAGGCAGCUUGACGGGCCGGUGUGACCCGGUCGGGAGACCCCGGGCCCGGGUGCUGCUGUGCGGGCUGUGCGUGGUUCUGGCUGUGGCGGGGAUGCUGGGAGUGUACCUGUCUAUUGACACGCUGGACAGCGUGCGUCCACACCCCGCAGACUGGACGAGAGACAAGCUGUCUCACUUGCCCAGCAGGGUCUCUGCUAGCCAGGUUCGUCGGCUGGUGUCUCGUGUGGACCUGAGCCGGCUCUGGGAGACUCAUCUGCGCCCCCUGCUGGUGGAGAGGCUGCCUGGCAGUCCGGGGAGCAGCGCAGUGAGACAGCACCUCCUCUCCUCUCUGCGCUCCCUCUCUGCUGGCUGGACGGUGGAGGUUGACUCGUUCUCCUCUCUCACACCUCGAGGCCGGGUCUCCUUCUCCAAUGUUCUGGCUGUGCUGGAUCCCGAAGCUCCACGACGCCUCCUGCUGGCCUGUCAUUAUGACUCCAAGAAGCUUCCUGGGGGGCCCUUCCUAGGGGCCAGUGACUCGGCCGUGCCUUGUGCCAUGCUGCUGGAGCUCGCCUCCGCGCUGGACACCAUGCUGGGAGCAGCACGACACCGGAAGGCUGUGUUGACUCUCCAGUUGGUGUUCUUCGAUGGGGAGGAGGCCUUCGAGGAGUGGACUGCCACUGACUCUCUGUACGGGUCACGCCACCUCGCUGAGCUCAUGGGGAGAACCAAGCACCCCCCCGGAGCAGAAGACACCACUCUGCUGAACAGCAUCGACCUGUUUGUUCUGUUGGAUCUGAUUGGUGCUCCGGACCCUCUCUUCGUCAAUCACUUUGACAACACGGCGCGCUGGUUCGACCGACUCAUCACCGCAGAGAAGCGGCUGCACAAGCUGGGUCAGCUCUCCUCUCACCCCUCGGAGCAGAGCUACUUCCGCAAGGACCUGUACCUGGGACCUGUGGAGGACGACCACGCGCCCUUCCUCAAGAGAGCCUGCAGGACAACGAGGAGAACCAGCACCCCCGGACCGUGGAGAACCUCACCAAGAUCCUGGCUGUGUUCAUCACAGAGUACCUGGGGCUGGACCAGUGAAAGCAGAACAGCCCAGAGUGACUGCUCACAACUCCCUUCACAACAGAGCUGCAGACAAAAAUAAUGUUUGGUUUUUGUUCUGUUUUUGAAAUGAAGUUGGUGUGUCAGGACCUGUGGGUGGCUGUCUGGUGUUUUCAUUUCUUUGUAUUUGAAAGCUGUUCUGGAUAAAACCAGAAAGUGUAUAAGAGCUGCCCCCUGCAGAAAUAUGGGAGUCAUUGCAGCCCAGCAAUAAAGUCCUGGAGUCUGCUGUUGAGACGAUCAGGAGCCAGGAGUUUGAUGCAUGACCCUCUCCUAACAGUAACCCUGCAGACUCACAGGGGAGACUCAUUAUCCACUGGGGCGCACAUCCCUGACAUGAUACAUACAGGAGGUUUGCAGAUUUUCAAAGAACCGCUAGUCCGACUGCCUUUAGCACAAGCUGUUUAAGGUAUCAGAAUAUGGGAGUCUAAGGAGGCUGUUAUUUUUCAAGUGAUUUGAAGCUCGCGUCUGGUGUCUGAAACCAGUUUCAUCCCAGUCUGAUCGAUGAGUUUCACUGGCUCAGUCCCCUACCUGACUGGUAUUUCCUACUGCACUUGUAAUAACAGUCUGGUGCCACAAGGGGGCAACAUUAACCAGCAGUUCCGAGAUCAGUUUUGAACUCCCUCAAUAAGAAAGUAAUACAACUGCAGGGAAACCUCUGUAUUAGGACCAGCCGAGGGACAUGGGCUUAACAGGGGGGUGUCCUUGCUGAAGGGACAGAGGAUUUCUUGUGAUUAUUUAGAGCUGGGUGACCGAAGUUGGCUCUUACACACCUAGUCUUUGUUCCAGCCCUGUUCGAAAUUGUUCAAUUGUACCAAUUAAAUCUCCAUCCAGACCCUGAAGUAGUUCAUUAUCUCAGUUUACCUGUUAAACCUGGAGUGGAAUGUCCCUCCAGGACCGUGAGUGGACCUUCCUGAUUUCGAGUCCUUAGUUGCUAGUUUGGGCUGUGUAUUGCACAUGUUAACACUGUGUUACACAGUGUACUAUUCUGGGUGUGAUUUCUGCACACGGCUCUGAUUCCCUCUAGGUUUUUUAUAUACUGUAUAUAUCUGUUAUUAAAUAGAAAUCAGAUGUGUAAACGAAUCGCACUGAGUUGCAUCUUGACACAGGAUUUGUUUGAUGCAUUUCAUUGUGAGGUGGUUUUUAUAAUGGGUGUUGGAAUCAGGCUCUGAAUAUGAGACUGUCUGUCUGCCUGCCAGCCUGCCUGCAGCUGCAUGUAUUUAAAGUGUAAGUAGCAUAUCAAAUAACAUUUUCACAUGUUUCAACUA